GGUGGGCGGGGCUGGGGCGCCCCAGGGGACCUGAAACGCGACAAACAAUCCACGCGCUUUGUACCCACGCUCUCCAAGCUUUAGUUUCUACGGAGGCGGCGUCUGGUUCUCGGCGAAGGGAGAAGCUCCAGCGGCCUACGUGCAGGAGGCCGCACUGACCCGUGGAGUGGCCCGGAGCCUCACACCGCCCACUGCGUACAGACUGUUUUGCCAACCAUGGCAUCUGGAGAUGACAGUCCUAUCUUUGAAGAUGAUGAAAGCCCUCCUCAUAGCCUGGAAAAAAUGACAGAUCUUGUAGCUGUUUGGGAUGUUGCUUUAAGUGAUGGAGUCCAUAAGAUUGAAUUUGAACAUGGGACCACAUCCGGCAAACGAGUAGUAUAUGUAGAUGGGAAGGAGGAGAUAAGAAAAGAAUGGAUGUUCAAGCUAGUGGGCAAAGAAACCUUCUGUGUUGGAGCUGCAAAGACAAAAGCAACCAUAAAUAUAGAUGCUAUCAGUGGUUUUGCUUACGAAUAUACCCUGGAAAUUGAUGGGAAAAGUCUCAAGAAGUAUAUGGAGAACAGAUCAAAAACCACCAAUACAUGGGUAUUACAUUUGGAUGGUGAGGACUUUAGAGUUGUAUUGGAAAAAGACACCAUGGAUGUCUGGUGCAACGGUAAAAAAAUGGAGACGGCAGGCGAGUUUGUAGACGAUGGGACGGAAACUCACUUCAGUAUUGGGAACCAUGACUGUUACAUAAAGGCUGUCAGUAGUGGAAAGCGGAAAGAAGGGAUUAUUCAUACUCUCAUUGUGGAUAAUAGAGAAAUCGCAGAAACUUCUUGAAUGACUUCAUCUUAAUGAAAAUCUUAAGUGACAAUCAGGACUUUUAAAUACUGUGGUAAAUAAAUAUGUUCACUAUGUACUUCUCAGUACAUUUAGUCUGCCAUGUUUAUGGUUGUUUUUUUUUUUUUUUUUUUUUUUUUUUUUAGUUGAAACUGUAAUAUGUUCCAGGGGUCAGGGGAAAAAAAUUAUGUACAAUUGAAAAACCUGCCAUUUAUUUUGUAAAUAAUGUAAAAAUGUUUCAAAGCCAAAUGAAAAAUAGGAUAUAGACCAAAAUCAUUAAUGUUUUACAAAAGGAACUUUUAUUAUAAUAAACACUAUAAAAUAAAAUUGGUGCUGCUUGA